AUGAAGACGGAGACUCCAAUCGCCAACAAGGUUCGCAGAUACUUUCGAGCCGUUAGGAACGCCUAUUUGAAGACGCUCAGGGCCUGGAAGAGCGUCGAGUCGUGCAAGAAGGCACUCGAGGUCGUCCUCGACAAGCAAGCAAAGUGGGCAAUCACCGAGUGCGCAAAGGCUGUGACCAUGAUGAUUGAGAAAAAGGACCAGAUCCUGCCCGCAAAUACUGUCAGGAUGAUAGGCGGAUGCCCGGUGGGCCUUUCAUACCGGGCAAGAGACACGGACAAUAUGCAGUUCAGGCUGAGGUAUCUCCUAGAGGAGCGCGACGGGCGGCCGCAUCGCGUGGGUAUCGACUAUAGGAUGCGCAUCAGAGUGGGGGGCAUGGAAUUCAGUCACAACAUUCCGGUAUUGGACGUGGUCAUACAGAGAGCGCCACGAGGCCACGACCCUUGCCAAGAGGGCACGAGGCCUCCUAUGGCUGCAUUAGACUGGCUAGUUGAUGACAUCAGGGCCACGUGGAAGUCGAGCUCUCGCGCAAAACAGAGAGUAUGGGCCGACAAGCGAGAGAAGAAUCAGACUCGUUUCGAGAGCCUAAAAGAGCGUGUGAGAGCUGGCAGAGAGCCAAUUGAGGGGCAGCUCGGGGCGAUCAAUAAAGAGUUUCUGGAUUACAUGCGAGACGAAUCUCGAGUCCCCAAUAUUCCAGACUAUCUAGACCUAUUCAACUGGGCCAAAAGACGCAAGCGCUACUUGGACCCGCUGGCCAAGAAAUCCAAGAAACAAAAGGUCCCCUUCUCCCAAAAGAAGCUCGACGAGUGGCGGCAGCAGAUGAGGGGCGCCGUCUAG